GGACCACCGGGAGGACAGCCCCUGAUCUCGUGAAAAUUUUCAAGAUUCUUAUUCAUUAAAGAAUAUGAUAGAGUGGUUGUGGGACGAUAACAUACGUGACUAACCGAUACAUGAAAAAAGAAUCUAAAUUCCCCCUUGAUUCUCUCUUCUUGUCUUUCUUCACAUUCUUUAUAUUCUUACAAUAUUUUCUCUCUUCAUCACUUUCCCACUUUUCAUCAACAACAACAUCAACAUAACCAAUCCACUCUAUAUUCAUUAUUCAUGGGCACCUUAAGCUUGGAUCUCCAACCUGUUUUUAUCCCUAAAUCAAUCACUCAUUUUCUUACAGAAUUAUCAACAGUCACUAGCGUAACACAGAAGUUAUUGCAUGUUAACGAUUUUGUCAACCGGUUAGAGUCAGAAACGCGUAAAAUCGAAGCGUUUGAACGAGAACUUCCCCUGUGCAUGAUCCUCAUUAAUGAUGCGAUUGGUGCGUUGAAAGAAGAAGCAAUGGUGUUGGAGAAAUCGUCGAAUGUACAACCGGUACUUGAAGAAUUUAUGCCGCUUAAGAACAGGUUUGUUGAUGAUGAUGACGCAAAAGUUGAAACGGCUAUAAACCGAAAAGAUAAUGGUGAUAAGAAGAAUUGGUUGAGCUCUACACAUUUAUGGAACACUAAUGAGAGUCUUAAUCAAAUGGUUAAAGAGAAAACUGAGGAAGAAGAUGGAGGGCGAGCUACGGUUAAUGAAAAUAGUCGAUUGACUAAUUCGUGUUAUAUACCAAGUGUUCAACCAAACAUACAAAUUGGUAGCACUAUGGUUGCAGUUGCACCACCUCAGCAUCAUACAUAUAGGAAACAAAGGAGAUGUUGGUCCAACGAGUUGCAUAGGCGAUUUGUCAAUGCGUUGCAACAACUAGGUGGUUCACAAGUAGCGACACCUAAGCAGAUUCGCGAGCUUAUGAGAGUAGAUGGUCUCACCAAUGAUGAAGUGAAGAGCCAUUUGCAAAAAUACAGGCUUCAUACACGAAGAAUUCCAUCGUCAAAAACGAAUAAGUUUUGUGUUGAUGUAGAAGGAAGAUCAUGGAUGUCUAAAUCUAGCAAUUCUAAAUCGGGUUCUCCUGACGGGCCCCUUCUAAACGGUGGGAACAACAUUGAUGAUGAAGACGAUAAAUCGGAAAAUUAUUGUUGGAGUGGUAAUCUUUAACCAAUUUCUAGUAAAAUUUUGUAGGGUUAGAUUGAUUUGAACUUAUCUUGCUUUGAAUUACUGUCAUGUUUUUGGAUUUUUGUCCAAGAGGUGAAGCACAUAUGUAUGAGAUAAGAGAACAUCAUCAUUCAAAAGUGGACCAUAUGUUUGUUUGUUUAUUUAUUUAUAUAUUAAUAUUUGAUGCA